AUGUUAUCGAACAUGUGUGACUUAUCGGAUCAAACUGUAUCACAGGAAUUAAGCACAUUUAUUGCUACUCCUUAUGUUUCAUCAAUUGUUCAGCCAUUGUCCAUAUUUUAUGAAGAAAUAUCAUCUGUCAUUACAUUAUUUCAAUUGUCUACAUUUAAUUCAUUUGAUCAGGUAAUACAAUUGAUUCGCGUCGCAAUUCAAGAUAAUUUUUUUACACCCGCCCCUCAAACACAACUAGAUGUAAAUUUGAUCAUUGAUAAAAAUGCGACUCUUACUGACACUCGCAUUGUAUUUUUGUAUUAUUUUAAUGGUAGUUAUAUGUGUUCAUGCUUCACGACACCAACGUGUAUUGCACCGUCGGGUAUUUCUAAUUACAUCGAUCAAAUAGUACUGCCUAUGCCUGGUAUAUUCACGGCAUGUUUCAAUUUUGAUGCAUUACUCGAGUCAAAUUUAGAUUAUUUUUAUAAUCAGUUGAACAUUGAUGAGUUACAAGGAAUUAUGGCAUCACCUUAUCCAACAUAUGUCAGGGCAUUAAACUCAUCAUUACUGAUUAGUUACUCUCGAACAACAACUAUCAAAGAAUUACUUAAAAAUUUGACCGUUGAACAAUGGUAUACAAAUAUAUCUUAUGAUUCGUAUUAUUCUGCAUGCAAUCCAACGCAAUGUCGGUACACUAUUGACCAACGAAACGACAUCAUCUACAUUGUAACAACCCUUGUUGGCCUUGUUGGUGGGAUAUUGACGAUCCUGAAAAUAUUUAUUCCGCGAAUCGUCACAGUUAUACGAGGCAUACCAAUGCCGUUAUUACGUCGAAAACUGCACAACAAGAACAUCAUUGAACCAACGAGGGAUCAUUAA